UUGACUGUGGCAAGAAAAGUUAUUAAAUGGGGCAAAACUCAGUUAACAAAUGUCUCGCUCAACAACAGAAAUGUUGGGCUCAAUUGUCAAUAAAAUAAAUAAUACCAAUAAAACAAAUGUUUUACUUAGUACCAAGAAAUUCAUAAACUACAGUUAAACUACUGAAGUUUGCAGAUGACACAAGAGUGAUCGGUUUCAUUCAAGACAAUGAUGAAUCCGCAUACAGACAGGAGGUUGAACGACUAGCCUCGUGGUGCAACCGGAACAAUCUGGAACUGAACACACUCAAAACCGUAGAAAUGGUGGUAGACUUUAGGAGAAACCCUUCCAUACUUCCACCUCUCACAAUACUAGACAACACAGUAUCAACAGUAUAAACCUUCAAAUUUCUAGGUUCUACCAUAUCGCAAAAUCUAAAAUGGACAGCUAACAUCAAAAAAUGUCAUCAAAAAAGAACAACAAAAAUGUUCUUUCUGUGCCAACUCAGAAAGCUCAAACUGCCCAAGGAGCUGCUGAUCCAGUUCUUACAGAGGAAUUAUUAAGUCUGUCAUCUGCCCUCUGUAACUGUCUGAUUUGAUUCUGCAACCCAACAAUACAGACACAGACUUCAGAGGAUAAUUAGAACUGCACAAAAAGCAAUUGCUACCAAACUGCCUUCCAUUGAGGACCUGUAUACUGCAUGAAUCAAAAAGAGGGCUGUGAAAAUAUUUACAGGCCCCUCACAUCCUGGACAUAAACUGUUUCAACUCCUACCCUCAAUACGAUGCUAUAGAGCACUGCACCCCAGAACAACUAGACACAAGAACAGUUUUUUCUCGAACGCCAUCACUCUGCUAAACAAAUAAUUCCCUCAACACUGUCAAACUAUUUACUAAAUCUGCACUACUAUUAAUCUUCUCAUCGUUCCCAUCACCCAUAUCCUUCCACUUAUGACUGUAUGACUAUAACUUUGUUGCUUGUAUCCUUACAAUUUAUACUGAUAUUGUUUCCUGAUUGCUUAAUUGUAGCCUAUGACUAUCAUUAAGUGUUGUAUCAUUAAGUGUUAAAUUUGUACCCUAUGACUAUCAUUAAGUGUUUUACCUUGAUGAAGGUAUCUUUUUUUUUAUGUACACUGAGAGCAUAUGAACCAAGACAAAUUCCUUGUGUGUCUAAUCACACUUGGCCAAUCAUAAAUUCUAUUCUAUUUUAUUGUAUAAACUAACUGCUUUGCUAUGGUCAUUUGCAAACUCAGAUGCCAAUAUCCUUCUAAAACUGACAUUCUGUAUCUCAUCUGGAGGGGUACCUAGGGAAGAACCUCUGCAGUUGAUCUUUAGUUCUUGGCAAGUAUCCUAGCACUGAAGGAAUCCAGAAAUUAAAUGAAUCCAGAAACUCUUGGACGCCAAAGAAAUGUGUUAACAUAAUGCUCAGUCCCAGAUCAGAUUAAUUUAAGCAUAAUAGGGGUUAAGAGUUGAUCUUUGACCAGUAACAUAGGUGUGUCCCUUGCUGUUUUCUUGUUCCUGGACAUGAAAUCAACCUUUUUUUUAAUUUGCAUUUAUAUCCUGCCCUUCUCCGAAGACUCAGGGCGGCUUACACUAUGUCAAGCAAUAGUCUUCAUCCAUUUGUAUAUUAUAUACAGUCAACUUAUUGCCCCCAACAAUCUGGGUCCUCGUUUUACCUACCUUAUAAAGGAUGGAAGGCUGAGUCAACCUUGGGCCUGGUGGGACUUGAACCUGCAGUAAUUGCAAGCAGCUGCUGUUAAUAACAGACUGUCUUAGCAGUCUGAGCCACACAGACCCCUUGCCACAAAAAAACCACAAUGUUCUAUAACAAUAGCUUUUCACAAACGUUGUGUAGCAAUUUCAUAAGUAGGAUUCGCACAUAAGUGAUUGCUAUCAAGUAGGGUACAAUAUAAGUAUGUACAAUGUAGUUGGUACAAUCUAAGUACAUACAAAGAAAAAUUUAAUAGGGAAAGAAAAAAGAAUCCCGAUUGGCAUUUCAUGAAGCUAACAAUUUACCUAUUAUCUAUACAGCCUUCCUUUAAAAAACAAUAUUUUUUUUGUUGAUGUUCUUUUUGGAAAGGAAAAAGCUAUUUUCUCACAGAUAUUUAAGGCCAUUAUUUAUUUAUUUAUUUACCGAGUAUUAGAUAAUAUAUAAGUAUAAGCAUGAAUUGAAUACAUAAAAUGAAUACAAUUAAAGGGAACUUUAGGACAGGGACGGUAGGCAAGCUGGUGCUCUUAUGCACACCUUAAAAAUAGAAUAGAAUAGAAUUUUUAUUGGCCAAGUGUGAUUGGACACACAAGGAAUUUGUCUUGGUGCAUAUGCUCUCAGUGUACAUAAAAGAAAAGAUACGUUCAUCAAGGUACAACAUUUACAACACAAUUGAUGAUCAAUAUAUCAAUAUAAAGACGCAUUCCUUCCCGUUUCUAUGUAAUUCUACUAAAUGUAGAUUUAAAAAGCAAGAAUAAUUAUGCAACAAAACAGCUGCUGUCUUGUGAUGUCUGAAUAUUGGGUUUUAGCUUGAAUUUUGCGGCUGGUUUCACAAACAACGGUCCUCAGCCCACAAAAGUUCGCUUCUCAGCCUCUUCCCCAUUUACACCUAAACGAAAAGUCUACGGCGUCUGAGCCUUCCUCCUUCGAUUGUCCCCGACGGCCGCGUUCCCACGACCCAACCACGUUGUCCACCCAGCCACUCCUGCAAGGGUGGCCAAUUUCUCCCGUUGGUCUCCGAUUCCCUUUCCCGCUCCGUUUCGCUUUCUCCUUGAAUCUCCGUAUUCUUAGGGAAGGAUCCGAGCCUCCUUGGCCCGAAACUAAACCCAGAGGCAUCCCGGGGACGGGACUCCUCCACUCCGCGACCUCAGCGACCCCCCGCUUCUCGCCCCACGGUAGCUGAUCUCUCGCCCUCGUCCACCCCGAAUCCCGUCGGAGCCCGGCUUGAUUUCCUUCAACGCCCAGCGGCUCCCCCUCGCUGCCGGCUUCCUGUGUUGCAAGGAGAGGUGCGGGUAAAAACGAAACUCCCGCUUCCGCCCAGGUAAGAACAAGCCAGGAUCGCCCAGCGACAGGUCUCGCCCCCACCCCCAGUCGAGCAGUUCUCAAUGAUGUCAGCCAAUGUUACAUGCCUAUCUGAAAGUAAUCCUAUUUGAAGUCUGUAGGAUUUUUAUUCUUAAUUGGUACACGGUUGCAGCCUAAGGAUUUCCAUUUGGCCAUAUUGAAUCUACAGUGCAGAUAAGCCAGGAUGCCAGAAAAUCCAAUUGCAGAUAAGCAGCAGAUCCUGAGGAUUCUGGAGCGUCUACUAAUGAAACUUCAUGAGAAAGGAGACACUUCACACAGGGAUAAUCUGGCUUUUCUAUACAAUACUCUUAAGAACCCUUUAUUCAAUCACGUGCUGACUCUUCAGCAGUCCAUCAAGCAGCUGAAAGAACAACUUAGGUAUAUGCCUCCAGAUCGUUCAGUGGAUUUUGAUUUUACGAGGCGAGGGUUGCUGGUAUUUGAUGCUGACCCACAUCCUGUUGUUAAUGGGAACAUCCAGAAUGAUAAGCAAAUGGCUCCGCUAAUUUCCAGAUUUGAAGUGGAUGAAUUUAAUUUGAUAAUUCAAAAGAUGGCAAAGGGCAGGCAAAUUGAGUAUAUAGAUAUAGAGAAACCAUUUAAUAGGGGCCUUGGAUUUAGUGUGAUUGCUCUUAAAAACCAAAGCUUUGGGGAAGUUGGUAUCUUCGUGAAAGAAGUACAGCCAGGAAGCAUAGCAGCCAGAGAUCAAAGGUUAAAGGAAAAUGACCAGAUAUUGGCUGUAAAUCAUACACCAUUGGACCUGAACAUUUCUCAUCAACAGGCAAUCCUAUUGCUCCAACAGUCCACAGGCUCUUUACACUUGGUUGUGGCCAGGGGGCCCACCCAGAGCAGCAGUAGGAAUUCCUCUGCUAUGAGUGAUGCUAAUGUACCUGAAAUGGUCAGUUGGGGCCACACUGAAGAAGUUGAACUGAUUAAUGAUGGUUCUGGAUUAGGUUUUGGAAUUGUGGGAAGAAAAACAAGUGGUGUGGUGGUACGGACUAUUGUUCCUGGUGGACUAGCAGACAGGGAUGGCAGACUUAGAACUGAUGAUCACAUUUUGGAAAUUGGGGGUAUUAAUGUACAAGGGAUGAGUAGCGAACAGGUUGCUCAAGUCUUGAGGAACUGCGGAAACCACGUUAAGAUGGUAGUUGCACGAUCUCCUUUGUCUGAAGUAUCUACAACCCCACCAACUCCCAUGGCUGAUCCUGUGGGUGAAUUAGCUACUAUUCAGGACAGAGAAUCUGACACAGAAAAUGAAAUUCAUGAAGUUAAGUUGACUAAAAAAGAUGGACAGAGCCUUGGUAUAACAAUUGUUGGCUAUUCUGGAGUUUCUGAUUCAGGGGAAGCUUCAGGGAUUUUCAUAAAAAACGUAAUACCUGACAGUGCUGCGGAUCACAAUGGUCAGAUAAAAGUCAACGACAAAAUUAUUGCAGUUAACAGAAUUAAUAUUCAGAAUUAUACCAACCAAGAAGUUGUGGAAGCUUUACGCAAGACAGGACCAGUUGUUCAUCUGACAUUGCUGCGAAAGAAACCACAUUAUGCGGAAAGAGAGUUGGAUAGAGGGCAUUCCAACAUGCUCAACUUGACUGGUGUGGAAACCGAUAGUGAAAAUGAGGAACCUCAAGAGCAAAAAGAUAACACUGAAAAUGAAAAGAAGCAAAAGCAACAUGCAAUUGGGAACACCUUGGAUUUAUCAAAAAAUAAGCCAACAUCAAAAUGGGAAACACUGCUGGGACCUGAUUAUGAAGUUAUGGUUGUCACAAUAGAUACACCAAUUGCAGAUGAUGCUGAACUACAAAAAUAUUCAAAGCUGCUGCCUAUUCACACAUUAAGGCUGGGAGUUGAACUGGAUACUUUUGAAGGACAUCAUUACAUCUCUUCCAUUGCUACAGAUGGCCCAAUUGCUAAACUUGGCUUACUUCGACUAGAGGAUGAACUUUUAGAGGUAAAUGGUGUCCAGCUCUAUGGGAAAUCCCGCCGUGAAGCUGUUUCUUUUCUGAAAGAGGUUCCCCCUCCAUUUACCCUGAUUUGUUGUCGCCGUUUGUUUGAUGAUGAUACGGAAUCUUUUGUGGAUGAGCCUACAGCCACAAUUGCUCGUUCUCUAGAACCAAAGGAGAAGCUUGAAAAUCCAGAGGAACAGCAGGAAGAUGAAGAGCAGGAAGAUGAAGAUGUGGAACUAGCACUAUGGUCUUCUGAAGUCCAAGACAUUGUCCUUGUUAAAGAUGCAAAAAUAGGUUUAGGAUUCAGCAUUUUAGACUACCAGGAUCCCUUAGAUCCAACAAAGACUGCAUUUGUGAUUAGUUCCCUUGUGCCAUGUGGAGUGGCUGAACGGGGUGCUGCGCUCUUCCCUGGCGACCGCUUAGUCUCUGUAAAUGGUGUGUAUUUGCAUAAUAUUGCUCUAGAAGAAGCUGUAGAAGUUCUAAAAUCUGUACCACCUGGUGAAGUUCAUCUUGGAAUCUGCAAACCUUUGGUGGGAGAAAAUAAACAUAAUGGGACGACUUCUGUGGAACCUGAGAGAUUUAACAGAAGUUCAGCAUCUCAGGAAUCAAUCAAUAAUUUUGAGCCAUCAAUCCUUGCAGCUCCAAAGGACUUCAGAAAUGAAUCUAAAGAAGAACUUGUUGAUGAGCCCAUCUUGGAAGAGCUUGUUGAUGAGCCAAACUUGGAUUUGGGGAGACAGUUUCAACUUAUGCAGAGCGAAACAGACGUUGAUCAGGAAUCCUGGGAAAUGCAUGAGAUUUUGAAGCCUAUGGAAGAACAGCUUGGUGAAGAACGAGAGAUGUUAGUGGAUGAAGUAUAUGAUAUGGAUCAAGAUUACAAAAGAAGUCCGUCAGUAAAUAUGAGGGAAAUACCUUCAUCUCCUGGGGUGGACUUUGAAAGUGAAGGACAUUGGGUUGAAGAAUUAGACUGUACUAAAAUGGUAGAACUGAAUCCUGCAAACGAUCUUAAUACUGAAGAGAAUGAAGAAAAGAGUACUAAUAAUUCACUAUUCUGUGGUGUUUCAGUGGAGUACAGCAAAGAAAAUCCUAUGUUGGAUGGUAUUGCGAACCAAGGUGACCCUAAAGAAGAUCUAUGCACUGAUGUUGAUCGUGAGAAAUACAAAAUCAAAAAUGAAGCUAUUGAUCCUUCCAGCUGCCAAGAUUCUGCCUUAUGUAGGGUAGUGUUGUCCAGUGAAUUGCCUGAAAGAGAAGAAGGAGAAGGAGAAGAAACUCCAAUUUUCAGUCACUGGGGACCCCCCCAAAUAAUUGAAAUUUUUCGGGAGCCCCAUGUUUCUCUUGGCAUCAGUAUUGUUGGGGGACAUACAGUUAUAAAACGCCUGAAGAAUGGAGAAGAGCUUAAAGGAAUAUUUAUCAAACAGGUUUUGGAAGACAGCCCAGCAGGAAAAACAAAGGCUCUCAAAACAGGAGAUAAAAUUCUUGAAGUAUCUGGAACAGACCUACAAAAUGCUACUCAUGAAGAAGCUGUGGAAGCUAUCAAAAAUGCAGGCAACCCCAUUGUUUUUGUGGUGCAAAGUCUGUCAACUCUUCCAAGGAUAGUUUCAGUAAUAAACCCCAAGAAAAAGAAAGGCGACAAGGAUCAGGACACAGAAGAAACUGAAAAGAAAAGUGGAAUUCCACCACCCAUGAAAUUGCCACCACCUUACAAAGGACCAAGAAAGUCCAGCUCGGAUGAUCCAGAAGACGAAGAGGACGAAGAGGAAGAAAAUGCUUUUACAGAGGAGAAAAUCAGACAAAGAUAUGCAGAACUUCCUGGAGAAUUACACAUUAUUGAAAUUGAAAAAGAUAAGAAUGGACUUGGACUCAGCCUUGCAGGCAACAAGGAUAGGUCCCACAUGAGCAUUUUUGUUGUGGGGAUUAGUCCAGAUGGCCCUGCAGGAAAAGAUGGAAGAAUGCAUAUUGGAGAUGAACUUUUAGAGAUAAAUAACCAGAUUUUAUAUGGGAGAAGUCACCAGAAUGCUUCUGCAAUAAUUAAGAUGGCACCAUCAAAGGUCAAACUGGUAUUUAUACGCAAUGAGGAUGCAUUUAACCAGAUGGCUGUAGCCCCUUUUCCAUUACCCUCUUGCACUCAGUCUUCCAAUGAGGAUACCAGCAGCAAAGCUGAAAAACAGGUGAUUGAAGACCAGCAAGUUCAGGCAGAUCAGCCUCCAGAAAAUCUUCGAAACCAGUUAAAGCAAACAAAGUUUUCCACAGUGAACCCCAUCCCCAUCAAUUUACAUGAGAUUUCUUUGGCCCCCGAAUCAUCUUAUCCUCCAGAGACAGAAUUCAUCAACCAAAACAACCUUCCACCUCCUUCAGUAGAUCCAGCAAUGUGCCCAAUCGUUCCUGGCCAAGAAAUGACUAUUGAAAUAUCCAAAGGACGAUCAGGUCUGGGACUCAGUAUUGUAGGAGGAAAGGAUACACCACUUGAUGCCAUAGUCAUUCAUGAAGUUUAUGAAGAAGGAGCAGCUGCUAGAGAUGGUCGACUUUGGGCUGGUGAUCAAAUUCUGGAAGUUAAUGGCAUAGACUUGAGAAAUGCCAGCCAUGAAGAUGCUAUCACUGCCUUGAGGCAAACACCUCCAAAAGUGCAGCUUGUUGUCUAUAGAGAUGAAGCUCAUUAUAAAGAUGAAGAAAAUUUGGAGAUUUUCCUUGUAGACCUACAACGGAAAAUGGGUAGAGGAUUGGGACUUAGCAUUGUAGGGAAAAGAAAUGGAAGCGGCGUGUUUAUCUCUGACAUUGUCAAAGGAGGAGCCGCUGACCUUGAUGGACGACUAAUUCAAGGAGAUCAGAUAUUAUCUGUCAAUGGUGAGGAUGUCAGGCAUGCUUCUCAAGAGGUGGUAGCCACCAUUCUUAAGUGUGCCCAAGGACUUGUACAACUGGAGAUUGGACGGCUGAGGGCAGGAUCUUCAUUAUCCUCAAGGAAGACAUCUCAAAACAGUCAGAUGAGCCAACAUAAUGUCCAUAGCCACUUUCAUCCUACAUUUGCUCCGGUUAUCUCCACUUUGCAGAAUUUAGUCAGCACUAAGAGAUCAUCUGCCGAUCCUUCUCAGAGAAAUUCAGUUGGAGCAGACAUAAGCCCAAGAACUGUGGAAAUAACAAGGGGCCUGAACGAUGCUCUUGGUAUCAGUAUUGCGGGUGGCAAGGGAAGUCCCUUGGCAGAUAUUCCAAUCUUCAUUGCUAUGAUUCAAGCCAACGGAGUGGCAGCACGCACACAUAAACUACGAGUUGGUGAUAGGAUUGUCAGUAUUAAUGGGCAGCCUUUGGAUGGUCUGUCUCAUGCUGAGGUCGUAAAUCUGCUGAAGAAUGCCUAUGGGACCAUCAUCCUGCAGGUAGUGGCUGAUACCAACAUCAGUGCCAUUGCCAGCCAGAUAGAGAAUAUGACUUCCAGCACUAACUUUACUCCACCCACUGAACAUCAUUCUGAAUACCCAGAAGCAUCUCAGCCUAAAAUCAUUAUAUUGGAGAAAGGGUCAGAUGGAUUGGGCUUUAGCAUUGUAGGAGGUUUCGGAAGCCCACAAGGAGACCUCCCGAUAUAUGUCAAGACAAUUUUUGCAAAGGGAGCAGCUGCAGAUGAUGGCAGACUGAAGCGAGGCGAUCAGAUUCUAGCUGUUAAUGGACAGUCUCUGGAAGGUGUGACUCAUGAGCAAGCCGUAGCUAUUCUGAAGCACCAAAAGGGGGCAGUGACAUUAACGGUGUUGCCAUGAGCUCUGCUGCAAAGGCAGUUUGGGCUGGAUGCAAUUAUUUCUAAGCAUUGCUAGAGCUGCUAUAAAAUGAUCUACAAUCCUUGUCAGGUGGCAACCCAGCUCCAGCUAAAAUUAGCACAUAUUAUUAAGAAUGUUGCUAUGCAGCUACUGCCAUUGUCGUGGUCCAUUAUGUCUUGUCAUUGAAGCUAUUUGUGAAAGCCUUAAUCCUACAUCUCAUCCCUUGUCCUCUUGAAUGGGCUUUUGAUUCCUUCCUUUGUCCAUAAUUAUUAUCUUUUACUAGGAAAUGUAAUCAGGAAACUAAAAUUAGCAUAUAUACUAGAAAGAAUGUGGCCGUUUGUUGGUUUCAUUCUAAUGAACAGAUAGAAAUACUGAUUGACUUUUCAUCUCGUUCAUGGUUUGAUUGUCAAACUUUUUAGCCGUGCCAGAAAACAUUAAAACAUAAUUCAAUUACAGCUUUUUUGAAUAAUGAAAUAUCAAAUUCUCCAGUGGGAAAUUAAUUUCAUAUGAAUUUCUAAUGAUGAAGUGCCAAUUCUCCUGUCUAAUCUCUCUGGAUAAAUAUAUAUAAGUUAGUUAUAACCACGACAAGUAAAUUUUAAGGUUCUCCUUAUUCAUUUUCUGGUUUUGGAAAAUCCUUCAUAGAUUGGCAAGAAUCUUUAGAAGUUCCUAUCUCUGGACAGAUAGUUAAAUAGUGGAAAUAAUUUGUACCGUGUAAAGCGGGGUGAGAAUGAUGGUCCCUUUAUGGUUUAUGGACUUCAAGUCCCAGAAUUCCUGAGCCAUACUGGCUCAGGAAUUCUGGGAGUUGCAGUUCACAAGUCAUAAAGGGGCCAUGGUUCCCAGCCUCUGGUGUAAAGCGUAACUCCACUGAAAUGAAUGACAAUGAGCCUUAAUUUGGAAUUAAGGUUACUUAUUGUUUAUAAUGAUAAUAUUAUAAAGAAUUGUAAACAUGAUCUACCAAUCUCAUGAUCAAAUUCUGACAUUCAUGUCUCACCAAUAAAUAAAAUGGCAAUUUUCUAUUUAAAAUCCUGCAGCUUCUGUAAAAUAUGUUUACUGUUAUGAUGUAAUUAGAAUGCAAUAAGAUCAUCUUGUUUAAAAUAAAGUAUGUCUCUUAACUAUGCCAAGGUGAAUAAGUAGUGGUCAAAAAAGAAAUGGCAUAUCUUGUUAAGAAUAAUGUCUGUGUUUUCAUGUUCUGUCUUUGGAUCUAGCGAAUCACAAAGUGCAUUAAGCUAUUGGAAUAUAGCAAUAGCUAUGCAUAUUCCAUGAAUAGUGCCUGAAAGCAGAUUAAAAUGAUUUUAAAAGGUUUCUACUCAAUGUCCAAAUUAAUGAUAUUUAUAUGAAAUGCAAGUGAAAAUGGCCAUGAAGAAAACUCACUAAUUCUUUUUAAGAGUUGAGGACAUUUGAUAUUGUCAGGUUAUGCUUAGAUUUACAUUGGAUAUUCAUUCUUAACUUGAAGGUAUAAAAGAUGUUAAUUUGUUUAAGAAUUGUGAUUGGCCAAGAAUGUAUAUUUUAAAUGGAUAUAAUCAUCCUUUUAACUGUUUUGCAAACAGUGGAGCUUCUUUUCACAGGUUUCUGAUGAAGGGGAUGUUGGGCUUAUAUGCUAAAAUAAUGUGCAUGUUUUCUAGCUCAGAUGGGAGAUCAUCUCACUGUUGCUUAUAAUUUACACUUUUUAUGUGUUUCAUAUAGUGCUGUCAAAAAGCCCCGAUAUACCAAAAAAAAAAAACCCCAAACAAACCGCAUUGCAACCUGCAGAUAAAUUGGUGAUGAUAUGGGGAAGUCAGUGCUAUAUGUAAACAUUCAAAAGCACAAUCUGGUUGGAGGUUUUCCAUCUGUCACGUCCUUCAGAGAUAAAUGGGAAUUACUUAAGUGUAAAUUGCCCAGUUGAUUGUGCCUCAGUUGUUUAAGCAGAAAUCUUUGUCUUUCAGAGAGUUUAUGGGUUUUAGGUUUUGUUAAUGCUGCUAAUUUCUACGAGGGGCGGUGAUACCUACUGUACGUUUGUGUAUAAAAUAAAAUGUUUUAUGAAUUCCAAA